AUGGAGGGCCGUUUUGCUGAUGAGCUCUACUCAGAAAGUUUACAGCUAUCAAAACUACAAUUGGAUCCUACAUCCAAUGCGAACAGUGAACAAAACCUUGAUAGGGUUGAGUUGUGUCAUGGAGAUGGUUCUUGUGAUGGUUUUUCUGAUGAAUUAGAUGACACAUCUGAGGUGACAGGGGAAUGGAUGAAGAUAGAGGAGAAAACAAGAUAUAACCAACACCAUACGGUGGGUUACCGUGAGGGUGUUAUAGCAGGAAAAGAAGCUUCUUCGCAAGAGGGAUUCAAUAUCGGCUUUAAGCAAUCGGUCCUUGUUGGGUACAACUGGGGUCUUGUCAGAGGUGUUACAAGUGCUUUGGCUAACCUUCCAGAUGGUUUAAGGGAGAAGUUGAUUGGAACAGAAGACCAAAUAACUGGAUUGCAGGGAUUGUGUGAAUCUGUGCAUUCUCUUUCAACAACAGACGCCCUUAGAUUAUUUAAUGAUGAAAUCAUGGACAAAAAAGCUAGAGAACAUAGUGAGAAUGCUGACACCAGUUCCCUUGAAGCUGGUUUGCCAGAGCAAAUACCAGACCGUAGUGUUCUAAGAAAUCACUUUGCAGAACUACGUUCACUUCUACUUGAAUCUCCUGCAAUUAAAGUACAUCUAGAUAGGUAG